AUGGCUUACACUUUCUUCCCGGUCUUCUUCAAAACAAAAAGUAUGAAAUCUUAUCACACAAUAUUUGUUCGGAAGGGAGUCUAAUGAACAUGAGUGUGUACAGCAACCGUAAAUGUGAAUGUAAAUGCAGUUUGAUAAAAAAAAGUAUCCAAACAUGGUGCCCUUAUCAGUUUAGUUCGGUCGCCACAUGUCGACACAAAUGCGUUGUCUACUUUUACUAUGUUUCUCUGCUGCACAGUAUUUCAUAAACGUCACUGCUUUUCAAGACGGAAUUAUAUUUACCACGCCGAACUAUCCAACGCCUUAUACGGGGCGGUUGUCCCAGUGAGUUUAUCCGUCAGAUGGGAAAACCAAAUGUAAUUGCCAAAAUGAAGUUCAUAAAUUAUUGUCAAUUGAUGAGCUAUUUUUCGGAAACCAUUGCUUUUUUGUCCACCGUUUGUUUGAGUUGUGAGGUGCCACAAACGAAACGGACGCGUGAUCCCUUCAGCCGAAUGCAUUUUGCGUGGGUUUUGUCACGUUCAAUCGCCGGAGCGAGCACUUGGCGGAUGGGGAUCAGAGAAUGAUUAUGAAAUCAGAGCACAGCACUCUUUCUGUCAAUUUUCGGUUAGAGGGAUAACUAAUACUUGAUUGGAAGAUAACAUUUGCAAGACCUCAUUUCCAGGAGAACAACUUUAUCCGUGAAUGAUUCUCAGGGAGUUGCAGUGGUGUUUGAGCAGUUUCUUGCAAGUGCACACGAUUGUGUGAUAGCUUGUCCAAGUACUAAUGACGGCUGCUCAAGGUAAGCUCUUGAACAAGUGUCUCUUUUUCGAAAACAAAGUCGAAAAUUCAGUUUAUGCGGCGACGCUAUGGAUCACGGGUUGGUUCCGAAAAUCUUACGAGUUCCUGGGAAUGCGACAGUGACGAUUGUGUCUAUAGAGCCAAAUGACGGGUUCCCGCAUGCUGGAAUUGCAGCGAAACUUCUUCCAUAUGGUACUCGAAGCACUUGAGAAACGGGAAAAACUAAAAGAAAACGGUUCAGAUCUUAAAAAACCAUCAUUUUUCAAUUGUAAUGAUGAAGUGGAUUUGUCAUCUGGUGAAACUUUUUAUCUGAUUUCUCCCAACUAUCCAUCAGCUCCCACGGAACCAAUUUCCGGAUGCAAAAUAAAGUUCUCCACAUCUGGAAUUCGUCAGGGAAUCCGCCUGGCGGCUUAUGACUUUUACACGGAAAAAGAGGAUGCUAUGGAUGUCUCGGGCACCAAGAUUUCGUAAGUUUGAUAUUUCCGAGCACAGAGCACAAUCUCUCAAUCAUCUUUUUGCAGUGGAUUCGUAACAGAGGACGAGCCCGGUGUCUAUUAUUUCGAAAAUAAUGCGCUCGUCAGUUUCAAUAUCACGCAACAGAAUACAGUGUAUCCGGAGAGAUUCUACAUUCUGGUUCAGUCUUAUGAAAGUGCGAGAAUUUUAGGGAAAAAAGAGGAAUACUGAUUAUUUUCAGUCAGAUCAACUGAAGGAACUUGUUUUAACACUGGAAAUCGUGACCUGGCAUUGAAUGAUGUCAUAGUAUUAGGCAACGGGCAAUUUGGAACAAAUCCAUAUGCAAACAACUUGAAUUGUGCCUGGAAUUUUACUCGAACACCAGGAACUUAUAGCCUUUUCGCACUAGGUAUGUGCAAUCAAUAAGAAGCUCAAAAAGUUUAUUGAAUCACACAAAUUAGUUCAUGAAAACAAACAAUUCUCAUAAAACUAGCAUAAAAUUAAAGUUCCGUAAAAGCAAAAAAGAAUUGCAUCGACCGGGAAUCGAACCCGGGCCGCCCGCGUGGCAGGCGAGCAUUCUACCACUGAACCACCGAUGCUACGAGUCUCUUACCCCUCUACCCCAAGGAUAGCUGGGCCGACGGCGGCCGCUUGGCGGCUGCCGCCAGGAAGAGUGUGUUUGUGCGUCUGUGUGUUCGCUGGCCGUUAUGGAGGGGGAGAGAGGGGGUUGUUGUGGUCUUUUGCAUGCAAGAAUGGGAGUUUAGUGGAAUGUUCCUUUAUUUUUCUCCUGUUUAGUGAUAUCUUUUCGCCAUUUGGUCAAUUUGAUGGCACGUUUUCCCUUGAUUUUGACUCAAACUUUCAUAAUUUGCAUAGUUUGUCUCAAUUGCUCAAAACAUUUUCCAGCUAUUGAAUACGAAUCCGAGAAGUGCUGUGAUUUCUUGACAAUUGACGGCUUGUCUGUUUAUGAGGUAUAUCAAUAUUCCGACCGUUUCCAAAAGAAUAAUACUGUGGAAGUUCAGUACAUCUACCAAGGAUUUCAAUAUUCCAAUCUAUUCUUCACCAACAGCCGAGCUAUCAGUUUCCUGUUCCAAUCCGAUCCAAUUGUCGGAGCAACUGGUCUAAAUGCAUCUCUACAACACAUUGGCAAGUUCAGGGCUGUAAAUCUCCCCAAUCUACACUUCAGACUGUACAUGUCCCCAAUCUACACUUCUUGUCAAAAAUGGAGUACUGACCUCUCCUGGCUAUGCAACCACCAUUUCCUAUUGUCCCAAUCUUCUCUGUCAGCCAAAAGUGGAAUAUCAAGAUGACUUGUAUGACCUUCAACUGCAAUUUCUGGAUUUCAACCUCCGCAGCUAUACACUUGACAAUAACACGGAUUCUUUGUCAAUUUUCGACUCGUACGGCCAUCCCUUAGUGCAAAUGCAACCAUAUUAUUUGGGUUUUGAUAGUUUUUGGGCCACCGUAUCCCCAGUGACCGUUCAGUUUAUCUCCCAUAACUUGGCAUCGUUUCCAUUAGACCAAAUUGGAAGAGGAUUCUCUAUUGGUCUGAAUUUAGUAAAAAGUUUGUGGAAAUAGUCAAUGAGAGUAAUUUCUAUAAGUUUUUUAUUCCAGAAGACUAUGUCAAGGAAAGUGUUGAUUUUAACGACGGAUUUAUCUUCAAAGACAUUUCAAAUCUGGAUCUGAAAAGUGGAAAAACGUAUCAGUUUUCUGUAAAUGGACGGCAAGGGCAUAAGGUUUCUUUUCUUCUUUUCACAUGAAAUGCUUAUUUCCACACCCCUUUCAGAUUUUUGUAUAUUUCUUCACUAAAACCACAAGUCAAGUGUUCGUCGACAUUUUCGACGGCGAUUCCAUGGACGCCGAUCGCAUUGAUAACAAGUCAGUGAUCACAGACCAAACCAAAUAAUGUUUUUUGAUCCAGAGCCUUGUAUUCGAACAUUUUCGAGAAUGGUCCAUCGAUGGUUCUGAGCACAACCACUGAAAAAGCAAUUAUUAAUAUCCGAGGAAAUCCAACAUUCUUGAAUGCCGGACUCGAUUUCCAGGCAAUGAUAACGGACUUGGAAUUGGGAAGAGAUUGUGAACCACUUGUUCAUAGCUUGAAGACGGUGAAAUCUGCAUCGGAUACCCAUCUCCAGGGACAGAAUUGCUACAAAGUUAGUAUUUAGAGGAAAAUGUGCUCAAAUUAUUUUUCAGGUACUACAUUUCUCGGAUAGCUCUUACAGUCAAAGCGCGUUCAUGAAUCUCUGGCUGUCCAAAAACAUUCCGAUGCAGAUUUAUUUGGGAUUGACUACCUAUUCGGAUAUGUUGAUUGCACAGUAAGUUCAUCUCAAGUUCUCAGAGGGUAGGAAAAUAGAGCACAAACACUUAUUCAUACGUUCCUUCUCAUUAAAAUGUGUUGAAAACGCAAUUCGGGUAGUUUUGUGCGACAAUAACUCGUAAGAAUCUGCCAGAAAGCUUUGGUAUUUUGAUACCACAGUUGUCAUUCGCACGUUGAGAGAGGAACCUAGAAAAUCUGUUUUUCUCAACAGAAACACGAACGAUCCACUGCCUCAAGACUUAUUCACAAACUAUUUGGUUCUCAAAUUCUCCACAACUGACGUCAUUUCCCUAUCCUACUCCUGGGAUGUUUCAAGUAACAAACCUUAUCUAACUCAUUGAACCAACCGUGUUGCAGAUGGAAUUGUAGCCCGCACAAUGGGCCAAAACGAUACCGUCAUCCUUAUGUCUGAAGAUUAUGGAAAAUCCCGUUCCAGUUCCGUGAUUCAACAGUUUUCAGUUCAACUGGUAAGAUCUUCGAAUGGUUCAAAAGGCGAAACAAACAUUUUUCAGGAAGGAGAAUCAGACGUUCAGACAGGACUGACAAUUGACUUUUUGGCGGAUUCUGGAAAAGGUUCGGGCACUUUGACCUGGUCGAGCUAUAAUGGCGAAAUAAGCAAAGAGAGGUAAGACAAGAAGGUUAUUCUGGGAAUCGGGGCUGAUAAGACAAUCUAUCUCAUCAAAGAACAAUCAGGAAAAAGUACAAUAACAAGUUUUUGUGAUUAAGAUAAGAUUAUGAUUCUUGGAAGUGGAUAAGGAAUAGAGAUGUAUGAACUUUCAUGUCACUUUUUUGCAUGAAUGCAUACUCUGGAAUCUUAUUUUAGAAAUUUUGCAACAAAUUUGUUCAGAACAUGUUUUUUUUCAGUUUUACCUCGGCCAAGCAGUCCCUAACCUAUCAAUCGUGUGGAAACAAACUGUUGGUGGAUUAUUCCUCCCCAGGUGGUGGUUCCGACAACGGAUUGUAUGUGAAAAUUACUAGAGGUUCGAGGAUUGAUCUCUGUGAUCUAAUAUCAAUCUAUUUCCAGCCGAUCUUCGAUGUUCAUUCACUUCUUCUCAUUCAUCUAUUUUGGUUCUUCUCACUUCUCUUCUUGUUCUUCUCCUUCUUGCCCCCUGA